UUAUGAUCCCAUGUAUCCGUGUGUUUCUGAUUAAUUUGGUAAGUUCACACUUGGUCAUUCUUGUCUACACGAUCAAUUUAUUUAUCAUUCGUGCCUUACGGCGGUGCCGGGCAGACGGUAGUUGUUUUUUCUUGUGUGAACGAGGUGUGGAUGGUCCCACCUCAGCACUUCAACGCACAAUGGAGCAGCUCACGGCGAACUCUGAUUCACAGAAUGGAGACGCUCAGGUUUAGGCCCAGCCUGGAAACUGCUGUUCUCUACAUCACAGAGUCACAGAGAGCAGGGGCCAGCCUGCUCAGCACAGUCACACAGCUGCCCAGGGCUGAGCUGGGAUGCAGCUGGCCUCUCUACCUAGAAGCCUUGUGCUUUCCAAAGGGACGAGAUGCAGGAACUCAGCAGACUCAGGUGCCCAGAGGAGGUGACAUUCUGUGGCAUCUCCAGAGCGGGGUAUUUGCAGGCUCCAAAGAACGCUGGGGGUUGGCAGGUUGGGAGUAACAGGAGUAGGAUAGGGGUUGGGGCAUAUGCAUUUAUGGCUUCCAGGGUUGUCCCUGGGUUGAGACAGAGUGCCAGGAGCCACCAGCCGGGCAAACGAGACAAAGGCUGACUGUGGUGGGAGGAAGCGAGAUGCAUCUGGGAGGGGACCCCAGAGCUCCAGUCCUGGGACCACCCACGGAUGGCCCAAGCCAAAUCCUCCUCAAUGGGUCUCUUAAAUCCAACAGGCUGGUGACGUGCUUCAGGAAAUAACUGCUUCUGAAUACAGAGAGGGAAAAAAUCCCCAGGGGUCUUGAGAAGAGAAAUAGGGCUUCUUAUGUGAGUUACCGGGAAUCUUGGAGCUGGCCCAGGCAGGAGUGUGGGAGGCGGGCAGACGGCCCUUAAAAGCAGGCGGCGGGCUGUCGCCUCUUCUCCAGGCCUGACAGCAAGGAGCUCACCGAACCUCAGAGAUGAAGGGACUCCUCACACUGGCUUGGUUCCUGGCUUAUGGUGUGCCUGCCGUGCCAGGGGGCUUGCUGGACCUGAAGUCCAUGAUCGAGAAGGUGACCGGCAAGAAUGCCCUGAAAAACUACGGCUUCUAUGGCUGUUACUGUGGCUGGGGCGGCCGAGGAACUCCCAAGGAUGGCACUGACUGGGUCGAGGGGUCAGGAGGUUCCCCCUCACUCAGGGUCCGAGUCUCUCGCCUUGGCAGGUGCUGUUGGAUGCACGACCGCUGCUAUGGGCGGCUGGAGGACGAGGGCUGUGGCAUCCGGACACAGUCGUACCAGUACCGAUUCACGCGGGGCCUGGUCAUCUGUGAACACGGGCCCUUCUGUCAAGUGGGUCUCUGUGCCUGUGACCGGAAGCUUGUCUACUGCCUGAAGAGAAACCUCUGGAGCUACAACCCUCAUUACCAGUACUUCCCCAACAUCUUCUGCUCCUAGCUGCCCUCGGUGGUCUCCUCCCCAGUGGGGACAUUUCUGUCCUCGCCUGCAGCGGAGUGCCCUCUCUGCUGGGUCCUGACGGCUGCUUCCAGGUCUCCUUCUUUCUCCCUGCUCUACUGGGCCUGGAGGAGCCCUAGGUUUCCUGUCCCCCAGAGAGUCCCAAGAGAAUGUUCUAGAACUCUCAGCAAGGACCCCAAGGUCCCUGGGCCUCCACUUGUAAGGCCAGCCCCUCUGAGGCUGGGACCUCUGUCCCAGCUCCAGGACAAGGGCGCACUUACUUUUCUGUUUCUCUAAUCAGAUUUUCAGAACCAUCCUUCAGGGAAUUUUUGCUCAAGCCAAAGAAAACUUGGUUCCAUAAACCCGCUCUCUGGGUGUUAAAUAAAAUUCAUUCUUGAGGAUGAUAAAAACCACACAGGGACCUCCCUCUGCCUCUUUCUCUACCUUUGGACACUGAGCCCAAAGUUACCUGCAUUCUCUCAGAGACAGAGGGAAGGGGUGGGACUGGAGGAGCUGAGGGACUUCUUUUGAACUCUUUUUUUAAACCUUGGGGGUUCCCCCAGCCAAGCACUGGAUCUCACUCUUCCCCAAGGGAGUGGAGGGAAGAUAAUGGGCGGUUACACCAGCUUAGGCUUCCAGGCUACAGAAAGCAGCAUUCAAAUCCCAGCUCUCGUUUCUUCCAGCUGUGUGGUUUUCAGCCCAUUACUGAACCUCUCUGAUUUUCAAUCUCUGAAAAAGAAACAUUCCUUGUUGUAAAAUGAGGCUUCUAAUGCCCUUCUUGAUUCAAAUACAGGGGAUACUGGGAUUCUGGGGUUCCAGAGAGCAGUUGUUUUUGUUGUUGUUGUUUUUAACUAGGGUUCAGUUAUGUGGUUUAUUUUUGCCAAGUAACGACACUUACAAACCCAACUCAUCUACCAAUUUGUAGAAGAAAGGGCAUUAACACCAAUCCUAUAGGAAGAAAGGAUGUAUUCCAAAUUAAAGGAGAGUCCUUUCCAAGACAGGAACUUUUGGCUUCUUUACACUGACAUACCCCAAAAUAGCCACAUGAUAAAUGGGAUCUAUAUUUUAAACACCUUCAGUGUCAAACAUUUUCUAAAUAAAAUUUAAUUUUAUGAGUCACUCUCAA